AUGGACGCCCUGGAAGUGGCCAACGCCCCAGGGACGGACGCCGAGAACGGGCCGCUUGUGAAGAAGCUCGGACCAUGCUCGGAGCACGAGGAGCUCAAAGAUGGCUUUCAGACAUCCUGGAUGAUUAUGGCGGGGAUUUACCUGGUGCCGGCCACGGCGUGGGUGAUGUCGGUCUGGCUCAUGUACUUCGUCGCCGGCAUUGAUGAUCCCGCAGAGAACUGGAACGUGCUGCUGCCGAACCUGGGCGCGACCACCGCGCGGGCGGUGUGCAUGGGCUUGCAUUUCGUCACUGGCUCGGUGAUCACGCUGGCUGGCGUGUGGCAGGUGCUGCCUGUCUCCAAGCGGCCGGAGUGGCUACCGACCCACCGCACUGUUGGGCGAAUUUACGUCAUCUGCUCUGUCUUGACCUGCAUUGGCGGCUUCGGCUUCAUCCUCCAGCAGCACAUUCUCGCGGGUGGAUGGCCCAUGAGCGCAGCCUUCACGGCCUACGGCUGCUGCGUCGUGGCAUUUGCGCUGCUGGCGUACUGGACAGCCCGGCAGAAGGACAUCGCGGCGCACCGACGCUGGGGCUUGCGCUCUUUCGCCAUGGGCAUCGCGUCCUUUGUGUAUCGCGUGAUGCUGAUUCUGGGCGUGAGGCUGCAGUUCAGCAUGCACCAGGAUGAAACCACGGACAUCGUGGAUGCACACGGCACCACGAAGUUCUUCCGGGAGGAUCCCUACAAUCAGUUCAUCGCCUGGUUCUUUUUUGUGGGCAGCCUGGGCGUGGUGGAGUGGUAUCUGCGGGCGCCCAACAACCUUCUCAACCAGAUCCUGCUCUUCUGCUUCUUCGCGGUGGUUUGCGUCGGCCUUGCCCUCUUCUCAGCCUGGCUCGUGCAGCGGCUUAUGUCCCACUCAGACUAA